UUUUCAUAGUUUUUCCGCCAUUUCAGAGAGAACACAGAACAGUUGUUAUUGCUAUUAACAGUAGUAUAGCUUAGCAAAACAGCAGUCUACCUUAUACUUCUCGUGAUUUGCAUUUGCAUUUCUCAACUUUUUUUCUUUCUUCUUCUUCUUCUUCUCUUUCUUCAUUCACUCCUCAACCUCUCUCUCUCUCGUGCCCUAACCCUAAACAACUAUCUCAACUAUCUCCUUUUUUUUCCCCCUCUUCAUAAACAAUAGCGGCGUCGUGUUUGUGUUCUGGGUUUCUGAUUGAUUAUCAUCUUUGAUUCGCUGUUUCCAACGGUCCUGAUCCUUUUUCAGGACUGGGAUGCAUCAUUUUGGAAAUAGUGAGAAUAUUAUUAACUGGUUAUUCAAAUUUGGGAAUCGGUAUGAUAGAAGUGAACUUUGCUGGAUAUAUGGCAUUCUCUCUGUACUCUGUGCAUCUUUAUCUUCGAAAUUCUUCUUCGGAAAUGGGUUAGUGUGAAUUUGCGCUGUUGUAUUGCUCUUUUCUAGUGUUUGAUUGAAUCCAACAAGGAUGGAUACAUUCUCCAGUACCUGUGAAAUUGUUGAAUCAACUGAAGGAUUAGAUUUUAAUUUUAGUGUAGAUGAGAAAGGCAAAAAAAAUUGUGUGCCAAAAUCAGGAAAUAAGUAUUCUAUAGAGGAUGAUAUUAAUAGUCUUUUUGAAGCCAUUGAUGUUAGAACUUCAGCGAGGGGUCUGGAUGCUUUAAGGAAGAGUGCUUUGAAAAGACCAAUUAGAGUCGGUUCGUCUCAAGCAUCGGGGAUUGGAAUUUCAGAGCCUGUGAGUUUGAAGCAGGCUCUUAGAGGAUUAUGCAUUUCUCAGGCUGCAGAGAUGGCUGCUAUGAAGCGAUUGUCCAAACCAUCAGGUUCUUCAAGGUCCUCAGAAGCAGGAACUAUCAAGCGUUUGUACAGGGCUGUAGUAGUUGAGGCCAAUGAAUCUGGUCUUCCCCUGAAUGAAGGUAAAGGAAAUGUAGUUGAAAUUUCUCUUGUACCAGAAAAAAUAACAUCAAAUAUUUCCGAGAAGAUGCCUGAAGCACCCAAAUCGGAGUCUCCAAACCAAGCUACUUACCCAUCUACCCCCUUGGAUAUGCCAAUGACAUCAAAGGCAAUGAUGACCAAAGUACCAUCGCUGGAUCAGGUUGUUCCUUUUGUAACGGAGACUGAGAAGGAAAUAUCAAAGCCAGAGCUUCAAAAGCAAACUUCUAUAGAUUCUUCAUGUGUAGCUGUUGCCAGCAAGGAAGUGCAGCAGGGGGAAAAUAUAGCUUCUGCCUCAAUUGAGGUUCCUGUCAACACUGCAGUGCCAGAUAAGGUGCUAAAAGGCAAGUUGAAUCCUGGGUCUUCUCUUUCUAGUUCCAGCGCUGGUAAUAUUGUGAACAAAUGUGUUAGCAGUAGUCCAGGUCUAAUCAAACCAGUCUUUCGGAACAAGAGCUUUAUUAAGAAAAAAGGAAAGCAGGAUUCAACUUCUGCGUCCAGCAGUUCUAAUCCAUGUGAUGGAAGUGCUAAUAAUGAUCUGCGUCCUAGUACAAGUUGUAUGGACAGCCAUACACACAACUCUGCUGUGGACAAUGAAAGGAAAGAAAAUAUGAAAGCUUCUCCAGCUUCCAACAGUACUAAUAUGAGCAUUGAAGUUAACUCAAAUGUUACAGAUACAAGUACAAGCAAACCAGGAUCAAGUUUGAUUAGUGGUAACAGAGCUAAAGUAGUGACAAAAGUGGAUGAGAAAUCAAGAUCAAGAGAAAAGGGUGAAUUCUCCCAAAGCUCUAAAAGUAGCAUUGGUGAGUACAGUAGUAGCACAAGCAUUAGUGAGGAUAGCACUCUUAGUGGAUCUAGUCGUGGUGGCAGUAGGCCUCACAUGUCAAAAGACUUGAGAUGGGAAGCCAUUCGCCAUGCUCAGAAGCAUCAUGGAUGCUUGGGUUUAAGGCACUUUAAGCUUAUCAAGAAGCUCGGGUGUGGGGACAUUGGUACUGUUUAUCUUGCUGAGCUAACUGGUACAAGCUGCUUAUUUGCGUUAAAAGUGAUGGACAAUGACUUUUUGAUGGGUCGGAAGAAAAUGCCUAGGGCCCAAACUGAAAGAGAGAUACUGCAAAUGUUGGAUCAUCCAUUCCUUCCUACACUCUUUUCUCAUUUUACAACAGAGAAAUUCUCGUGCUUGGUGAUGGAGUAUUGUCCAGGUGGAGAUUUGCACGUUUUACGGCAAAAGCAACCUAGCAGAUGCUUCUCUGAACAAGCAGCCAGGUUUUAUGUUGCUGAAGUGCUUCUUGCAUUGGAGUACCUACACAUGCUUGGAGUUGUGUAUCGAGAUUUAAAACCAGAAAAUAUCCUGGUUCGAGAAGAUGGGCACAUCAUGCUCUCAGAUUUUGAUUUGUCACUCAGAUGUGCUGUGAAUCCUAUGCUGCUUAAAUCAUCCUCACCUGUUGUGGAACCCACAAAAAAGGCAUCAAGUCCGUGCACUGAAUCUAGCUGCAUUGACCCUUUUUGCCUCCAUCCAUCCUGGCAAGUCUCAUGCUUCACUCCUAGACUUCUCUCAGUUGCUGCUGCAAAAUCUCGUAAGAUAAAAUCUGACCUAGCUGCUCAGGUUAGUCCACUGCCACAGCUUAUAGUGGAACCAACCAGUGCCCGAUCAAACUCCUUUGUUGGAACUCAUGAAUACUUGGCUCCAGAAAUCAUCAAGGGGGAGGGUCAUGGGAGUGCUGUUGACUGGUGGACGUUUGGAAUCUUUCUGUUUGAGCUAUUAUAUGGAAGGACCCCUUUCAAGGGAUCAGCAAAUGAUGAAACACUAUCAAAUGUGGUAUCACAGAGCCUUAGGUUCCCUGGUUACCCAGUCGUUAGCUUUCAUGCAAGAGACUUGAUUAGAGGGCUACUAGUAAAGGAACCUGAUAACCGACUAGGAUCUGUGAAAGGUGCUGCAGAAAUUAAACAACACCCUUUUUUCGAAGGCCUUAAUUGGGCUCUCAUACGGUGUGCAAUACCCCCGGAGCUGCCUAAGUCAUGUGAUGCUGCUGUUGUUUCGCAGGCCAUGGCUUCACAGAAAAAGGAGAAUAUAAAGUGUGAGGAGUUGCAGGUUACAGAAGAGAAUGUGGAGUUUGAAAUGUUUUAGCUAAAACUUGCACAAUAUGGUAGAGGCAGAGGCUUGCUUUUCUUUUUGGGAAACUGAGAUUUGUCAUCCUUGUUGUAACUGAUACAUAGCAUAUAAUGUAAAGGCGCAAGUUAAUUGAGUAUGAUACAAUAUAUAGUAUAUAUACUAGAGUAGUAGUAUAAGGUCCCAAAAUCAGUGUUCAUUCUGUUUUGGCUCAGCA